CCUCUAUAAAACGCGAUCAUCAUCACCUUUACUAACACAAUAUAGACACUGCACGACCUUUUUUCUCGUUUGCUUUGUUGAGUAGACAUGGCUCCAAAUAGGCCUUCAAAUUACGAGGAUGAUCAGGUUUUGGUGGAAGGAAACUCUCAUGUGAAGACAGUGAUAUUAAAUAGGCCCCUAAAAUUGAAUGCCCUGAACUAUCAAAUGGUUUUGCAAUUGUCGGAGGAGUUCCAGAAGUUGGAAAAUGAUCCUGCUGUUGGGUUGGUAAUUGUAAAGGCAAAUGGAAAAGUAUUUUGUGUGGGAGGAGAUGUUAUUGAAUGCUAUCGUUACUCGCUCACAGGUAUUAUUCAAAACGGUUAUAUUAAUUAUCUGGAAGCUUAUGUGAUAUUGUAUUAUUCAUUUUUAUCUGAAAUUUGAUACGAGCAACUAAUUGUUAACCUAAAU